AAAGACACUAGAGUCCGCACAUAGGUGGGAGAGAGAGAGAGACGGAGAAAAAGAAGAAAUUGCUUUUUCCUUGUCUCUUUCUGCAGACCCCACAUCUUCUGACCAGCCGGAGAGGACAGAGCGAAGGUCCCCCCUCUACAUUCACAGGGUAGUAAUAGCUGGUUGCACUGGACACCACAAUGAUCUGCUUUUUGCUGCUCUUGAGUAAAAUGGGAAUGUUAGCAGCUCAGCUCAACACUACGGACCAGACCGUGACCGUCUCCAAGAACUUUACCGAACCGGAGAACAUCACUGAGAUCGUGUGUACGGGAAGAUGCAACAUCACAUGUUUCCUACCCAACCAAUCCCUUCAGGAGUUUCCAGCAUGCCUACCCAACACUGUGCAGGGGCUGGACCUGUCCUUCAAUAACUUGUCUGUCGUUAGGGACCAGGACGUGGCUGACCUAUCAGAACUGCAAGGCUUGUCUUUAGCGCACAACAAAAUCAAAGAACUCCUCUGGGGGAGCCAUGUGCUGGCUCAGCUCGUGUCUCUGGAUCUGAGCUAUAAUCAAUUAUCCGUUGUCCCAAGGUGUACGAUGUUGAAGAACGUCCGAUGGUUGUCCCUUGCAGGAAAUCCAAUCGCUCACGUCCCUUCAUUGGCUUUCACGUGUUUCCCAAACCUGGCCUUCCUCAAUUUGUCUUCUACGCCAAUUGGAAGCAAUCCAUCAGCAGACAUCGAUGAGUCGGCAUUCGCUCUGAAUGUAACAGAGGUGCAGAUGGACUCAUUAUCAUCUCUGCAUUUUCUUGAUCUAAGUGCUACCUACCUUCAUAGAAUUGAUGAAGGGUGGGGGAAAGAUUUACCAAAUCUGAAGGAGCUUCGCCUCCAGAAGAUGAUCUCCAUGGAAAGACUGGAAGGCGAGCUUCUGAAAUGGUUUCCCCGCUUAGAAGUUCUGGACUGUUCCGGCUCCUCGGGACUCUCUCACGUCAGGACAGAGAUAUUUAUAAAUGCUUCAGAAUUGAAGAGUCUCUCGUUUCACGGAUGUAACCUGACUUCCUUCCAUCCAUGGAACAUGACUUCUACCGUUGUAGCUAUUGACCUCAGUGAAAAUCCAUUAGAGUGUAGCUGUGAACUGGACUGGCUUCUAUCAGACCGCAUAACACUGACCAGGAAAAGUGAAACUCACUGCCACUCUAUAAAAGGAGGAGAUACACCAUAUUUUUCCUUAGUGGAGUAUCUUAAUUUCUGCCAAUUAAAGAAGAAUCCUUCACAAAAUAAGGUGGAAGAUUUCAGCAUGACAACACCAACCACAACCAACAACAUCACCGACAUUGUAACAACAGCACAAAAAGAUCCUGUGACAGCCACACCAGGUCCAGAGGAGGAGAUGGGACAAAAACCCCACCUUCCAGCACUUCCGGAAAGUGUUACUGUUUAUAAAACAACAGCAGCCGAUUCAACUAUUUUAUCCACUAAAGCACAAACAAACCCAGAUAUUCAGGGAACCAUCAGUCUCGAUGAUGGAAGUGGCUACACCAAGGGCAGUAUAACGUCCAUGAAUGGUCUUGGUGGACCUUCAAAAGACAGUAAGUACACAACAGCGUCAACAUUGACCACCAAAGAGUUCACCAGUCCAUCGGGCAGCACCAAAGCCGGGUCUGGUCAACCCAUUCCAGAAGACAGUUCUAAUGAGGAACCAGCUGGCAGUCCCCGGGAUUACACACACGAUUAUGAUGAUGAGGAGAGUCCACCAGAGAGAUCAACGAUCCCCAUCUCAAUAUCAGCCUGUGACUAUGAUGGCUGUAGACACCUUCAAACACCCUGUGCCGAAAUUCAGGAACUGACCCCAUGCUUGUGCCCCGGCCUUUCAGGAGAGGAUAUCAUUCCAGAUCCACCAUAUUUGAAGAAUGUAUCUGAGAUAACAGACACAUCAGCACUGAUCCAGUGGUGUUCACCGAAUUCCAUAGUGGAAAGAUACCAGCUUGUGUAUCAGUCUGGUGACCAGAACAAGACUGUUGAUAACAUUUAUGUGGCCAUGAGACAAUACACUUUGUAUAACUUAUCACCAUACACUACCUAUAAAGUAUGCGUGGUCGCCUUUAAUAAAAAAGGGCAAAGCGAGGCAGAGAACAACGGGUCUAGGGCUCCCUGUACGGAAUUUAAUACCAAGCCAAGUUACAUUAUGAUGCUUGCUAUAUUAGGUGGUUUGGGGGGGUUCUUUCUGGUAAUUAUUACUGUAUUGGCUGCCUGCUUGUAUAAGACAUGUAAAAAUAGCAUGGUAAACCAAUACGACACCCAUCUGGUGUCCUACAAGAACCCGGCAUUUGAGUACCAUUUGACCAUUCCAUCUUAUCAUUAAAGAGGAGGGUUCAUGUCUCUCUUCAGGACUCGCUCCAUCUAAAAACAUAUUUGUAAUAAUUUAUAAGAAAUUCAAAGUUCUUUUUAAAAGUCUGGAUCACAAGGUGCCUACUAAGUUUCUUGCCCAACAAACCUUCUUCUGUGCCCCAGCUGGGAGUACCCCAAAUUAUCAACUCCGGAUCUGCAUGGCAAAAUGAAAACCGUCAUGGUUUAGGGUAGUAGAAGAAAAGAUUUGUUUAAAGCAGGGAUGCCCAACCUUUUGAAUAGCGAGAGCCACUUAAGCGACUUGGUAACCGGUCGUAGGCCACAAUGAGUGAAACGGGCAGAGGACAGACGCAUGAUUCCUCGAUGGACAGCUCCAUUCUCAACACCAAUGCUCUGGGAUAGCAGGUCAAUAACCUACAAUCUGGGCUUGCCGCCCCGCCAUCCAAGAGCAGG